GAAAACCUGAAUACGGAACUGAAGCAGCCGCUCAGAGUUUCUUGCUCUGAAGUGGCAGUCAGAGAGGGAGCCGGGUGUGGACGUGAGGAGCUGGGAGCUUAGAGCAGACGCUCGCGCUUGUGGAGAUGUGGAAGUCUGUGGUGGGGCAUGAUGUGUCUGUUUCCGUGGAGACCCAGGGUGAUGACUGGGACACAGAUCCUGACUUUGUGAAUGACAUCUCUGAGAAGGAACAACGGUGGGGGGCCAAGACCAUCGAGGGUUCUGGACGCACAGAGCAUAUCAAUAUUCACCAGCUCAGGAACAAAGUGUCAGAGGAACAUGAUGUUCUCAAGAAGAAAGAGAUGGAAUCAGGGCCCAAAGCCUCCCAUGGCUAUGGAGGUCGGUUUGGAGUAGAAAGAGACCGAAUGGACAAGAGUGCUGUGGGCCAUGAGUAUGUUGCUGAGGUGGGGAAGCACUCUUCUCAGACCGAUGCUGCCAAAGGUUUUGGGGGCAAAUACGGAGUUCAGAGGGACAGGGCAGACAAGUCAGCAGUUGGCUUUGAUUAUAAAGGAGAAGUGGAGAAACACACAUCUCAGAAAGAUUACUCUCAUGGCUUUGGUGGCCGUUACGGGGUUGAGAAGGAUAAACAGGACAAAGCAGCUCUGGGAUAUGACUACAAGGGAGAGACAGAGAAACACGAGUCCCAGAGAGAUUAUGCCAAGGGCUUUGGUGGCCAGUAUGGAAUUCAGAAGGAUCGAGUGGAUAAGAGCGCUGCCAGCUUCAAUGAAAUGGAGGCCCCAACCACGGCUUAUCAGAAGACAACACCCACAGAAGCUGCUUCUAGUGGUGCCCGUGGACUGAAGGCAAAAUUUGAGUCCAUGGCUGAGGAGAAGAGGAAGCGGGAGGAAGAGGAGAAGGCACAGCAGGUGGCCAGGCGGCAGCAGGAGAGAAAGGCUGUGGUAAAGAUGAGCCAUGAGGCUCAGCCACCACCAGUGGUGCCUGUGGAAGAGCCAGAGGUGCCGGCCCCACUGGCCAAGAAAAUCUCCUCCGAGGCCUGGCCUCCAGCGAAGAGUCAUCCAUCAUCAGAGCCUGAGCCUGUGAGAACCACCAGGGAACAACCAAUGCCUCCCCUACCCAUGAGGCAGAAUCCUCCAGAGGACAAUGAGGAGCCCCCAGCUCUCCCCCCAAGAACUCCGGAAGGCCUCCAGGUGGAGGAAGAGCCAGUGUAUGAAACAGCACCCGAGCCUGAGCCUGAGAAUGACUAUGAGGAUGUUGAAGAGAUGGACAGGCACGUGCAGGUUGAUGACCCAGAAGGGGACUAUGAAGAUGUGCUCGAGCCUGAGGCUGGAUCAUCAGGCUGCCCAGCUGGGGCCAUGGGCAUCUCAGCUGUGGCCCUGUAUGACUACCAAGGAGAGGGAAGUGACGAGCUUUCCUUUGAUCCGGAUGAUGUCAUCACUGACAUCGAGAUGGUGGAUGAGGGCUGGUGGCGGGGGCGUUGUCAUGGCCACUUUGGACUCUUCCCUGCAAAUUAUGUCAAGCUCCUCCAGUGACUGGCGCUCUCUGUCUACUGCAACUGUGACUUCCCAUGUCCAAAGUGGCUCUGCCUCCACCCCCUCCCCAUUCCCGCUGCAAGUGUCUAACAAGAUGUAUGGGUUGCCUGACGCUCUGGACAUGCUUCCCUCUCCCGUUCCAUUAAAGGCUUGGGGCAGAGACAGCAUGAAGAAGGGGUGUCCUUCCCCUCAGUGUCCUCUCUCCCCUGGAUGAGCUCAUGGACAUGUGUCUUGGGGUCCUGCCUCCUUCCCCACGAAUGCCUCCUAACCCCCCACACUCUGCUCUCCAACCUUGUACUCUGGGCUUCCUGGUUUGCUUACCUGGGAAGGUGUGUCUAGAUUGCCUGGUUUACCUGGUUAUGCUGUUUGCCCACUUUCCUUCCUUGAAGACAUAUCCCUGAACCUUCUCUCUGCUGAGUCUUAAAAUUGGAAAUAAAGUGGGACUAUGGCUCACCCUC